CAUAUUUUGCAGUGUGAACUAGAAAGGUACAGUCAGUUUAGAGUUAAAAUGGGGGAGCGUCUUGUGGUGACGCUGGUGUUCGCUCAUGGCUGCGGGUUCUCGAAGGAAAUGUGGACGCCGGUGCUUCGUCGACUGAAGGAAUUUCCCGUCGCUCAGCGUGUGGGGACGAAGUUCGUAGCCUUUGACUUUCCCUACCACGGAAGUCGAAGUGACAAACAGUUAGCGGAGACUUUGAAGGUCGAUACGAGCAACCUCAAAGCCCCGAGAGUCACAGGAACCGACUGUGACGACGUCAAGAACUGGUACUUGAAGGCAAUGCCCGAACAGGUAGGAAAGCUACGAAGGAAGUCAACAGAUUUCCUCGUAGGUGUCGGCUUCUCCAUGGGAUCUGGGGCACUUUGGACGAUGGAAAUCGCGCAUCCAGGCACCUUUGACGCGCUGAUCCUCUUUGAGCCGGCGAUGGAUACAAAAACUCCGAGAACUGAUACCGUGCGCUCGUAUCUCGUGGCAUCGGCACUUCGACGUCCUUCGGUGUGGCCAUCGCGUGCUGCGGCUAAAGAAUACUUCUCAACGUCCGAUGGAUUCGCUUCGUGGGACCGCGAAGUAUUGGCAGCGCAUCUGAGCGGCGCACUAUUGGACCAACCUGAUGGAUCUGUCACGCUAGCGUGUGACCCGCGGCUUGAAGCCUUGCUCUACUCUAUGAAGGCGCUUCAUUUCUCCGACGCAGAGCUGCAGCGUCCUAAAUGUCGAAUCUACUUGCACUGGGGCAGUCGCUCUCAAAUGUGCUUUGAGAAGAACCUCAAAGCAAUUGAGAAAAAGUGCCCCAACAUCUACAAAGUGCGUGAAGCGAUGCCAGGUCUUAAACACUUGGUCGUCAUGGAGAACCCUGCGCUUACAGCUGCAAAUAUCGCCCAAGAACUGGCGCAGUUCGCUCCAUACACACAGACUUCUAGGCUGUAGGUCCUGUCCUUACCAACUUGAAGUGGCCAAACAAACAAAAAUAAUAAUUCACGUCAGCAUUUUUCA